AUGAAGAUCUUCCCUUCGGCACUCACUGCUAUCCUUCUCUUCACUGUCGCUACGGACGGUUCCCCCAAUGUCCGCACCUUAGCUGAAAGCAAGAACAAGAACCUGAUCCAACUCGGACCUCAGAACCCAAUGCAGCAAGACCAGCAGAGCAGCCCUAUCACCAUCACCAGCAGCAGCGGCAAUAGCUGCAACCUCACGGGCACGUACAAGAAAGGCACUGACAUUUCGUCGUGCAGCUCCAUCACCAUUGAUUCCCUCAGUGUACCAGGCGGCGUGACUUUGGACCUGACCAGGGCCAAAAGAGGUGCCAUCAUUGAGUUCAAGGGCACCACGACGUUCGGAACGCAACAGUGGAACGGGCCGCUCGUGAUGGUCAGUGGAACGGAUCUGACCGUCAAGGGAUCCGGCACCCUGGAUGGCCAAGGAGCAUGGUACUGGAAACAGGGGCCGUCCAUCACCCGUCCAGUCUUCUUCCGACUUCAAAGCGUCGUGACUUCGAAAGUGUCGGGCUUCACGAUCAAGAACAUGCCUUACCGAACGUUCAGCGUCGUCACGUGCAAGAACACGGUGAUCGCGGGGAUCACGAUCGACUCGAGAGCUGGCAACGGCAUCGCCAAGAACACGGACGGGUUCGACCUGUCCAAGAACGACGGCGUCACGAUCACCGGUUGCACGAUCUACAACCAGGAUGACUGUCUCGCGAUGCAGUCGAGCACUAACACCGUCUUUAGCUUCAACUACUGCUAUGGUACGCACGGUAUCUCGAUCGGGUCUCUUGGUGGUCUCGCUGUUGACGCUUCGACCACGGUGCGGGGUCUAACUGUUGAGGGCAACACGAUCAUCAACAGUGACAACGGUCUUCGGAUCAAGACGAUCAGCAACAUGAAGGGGCUGAUCGCUGACGUGAAGUACAUCAACAACAAGGUACAGAACGUCAGGUAUGCGAUUGCGUUCCACUCGGAUUACAACAGGGCAAUGGGCAGAUACCUUGGGAAACCGAACAGUCAGGUGCAGAUCACGGGUGUCACCGUCUCAGGUCUCACCGGUACGGCUGGUAACUUGUACGAUAUCAAAGUCAACCCGAACGUGGUGUCGAACUGGAUUUUCCAGGCCGUUGAUGUCCAGGCGUCGGUGAAGGGAACGACGGUUGGCAUGCCCAACAGCCUCAACAUGUGA